AGACUGGCCAGACAAUUUCAGUGCUCGAACUUGGUGCUUGAGGUGGACUGUUUAAGCUUGAUCCAUAAGCUCAAGGUGGCGGAGACUCUACAAACAGAAAUUGAAACCAUUUGCAGGAGCAUUCGACGAUUGCUCGUGGAAUCGGGCACAAGAAUAUGGCAGCAUGUUAAGAGAAAUCAGAAUGUAGCAGCGCAUGUGAUGGCGCACAGUGAAACGAAUUGGGAUUCCUCACUAGUCUGGGUAGAUCGACCUCCAAUUUUCUUUAUUGAUCAAUUAAGGCUGGAUGCUGUAACCAUGUCUUGUGAUUAA